AUGGCAACCACUGCAGCAUCACAGACGGUGAACCGGACCGCCACGCAGGGCUGGGGCUCUACGCCUGCUCAAAGACACUACAUCAACCAGACACAGGCACUGGCGGUGCUGAAUGCCGGGAUUGAGCGAUCAGUCGAGAUAGGCGUCCAGCAAAACAUCGCGGUGCUCGACCCCUCGGCCUUCCUCAUCGGCUUCAUCCACAUGGACAACGCGUUCCUCGGGAGCAUCGACAUCAGCCAGAAGAAGGCCAAGACCGUGGUCCUGUACAACGGGAUCCCGAACAACGCACUGUUGAACCGGAGUCAGCCGGGCGGCGACAUCUACGGCAUCGAGCAGACGAAUGGUGGCACCGUUGUCUUUGGUGGUGGGCAGCCGAUUUUCGAUCCGGAGGGCUAUUUCAUCGGUGCGGUGGGUGUGAGUGGCGGCACGGUCGAGGAGGACAUUGAUGUUGCGGUCCAUGCCGCGCAGAGUAUUGGGACUACGACGACGUUGUGA